AUGACAUCGUAAGUUUGAUUUUAAAGCAUUUUAUGAUAGCUCUUUGGUCAAAAAGUACGUAGAAUAAUAUUUUUUAAACUUUGAGUAUUUUGAAAGCUAAUUCUACUGUAUGUGUUUCUUGACCUGAAUAAUCUAAUUCUAUGUACUUUUUGACUUGAAUAACAUUGUUAUCUAAUGUUAGGGACUUUGAGGAUUCAGAAAGCAAAUUCUAUAUACUUUUUGACCGAGAUAACAAUGCUCCUUUUAUUUUUAGACCAAAAACCGGAUCAGCUGAUGACAUCAUAAUGAUAGUCUUCAUCUUGUUCCUUCCGGCAAGUUUUUAAUAAUUGAAGUUUUAAAAUUUUUAAUUUUUCUACAUUUUCAAAUUGAAAAAUUUUAAACUUUUUUUUAAUUUUAAAACUUAUUUUCUAAAAAUUUUGAUAAUUUCAGCCGCUAGCCGUCUGGUGGAAGGACAGAAUGAAUGGCAAUGGUUGUUCUGCCCAUGUCUGCAUCAACCUUAUUCUACUUUUGUUGUUUGUGUAAGUUGGGGUAGGAUAUGAUGAGGACAGGGCUGGGUACGGGAGGGCAGGUCAUGAGAGGACAGGAAAGGAUAGGAUAGGGCAUUACUUACUUACUUUUUUAAAAAUUUUUAAUAAUUUUAACUUUUUUCAGUUUUCCAAGUGUCAUCCACGCUAUUUGGUACUGCUUCUGCCGUGACUAA